AUGGCGCUCGACCGUAUUGUGCAGUUCAUCCUCCGCGGUGCCCAGCUGGCGUUUGCCGCCAUCGUCGCUGGUAUCACCGGCGCCUACCUACACGCCUCCAACGGCUCGUCGUGGGACAAUGGCCGCUUCAUCUACACCAUUGUGGUGGCCAGUUUGUCGCUGCUGUUCGCCCUGAUCUGGCUGUUCCCCUUCUCGGGCAGCUUCAUCCACUGGCCCAUGGACAUCUUUCUCAGCAUCCUCUGGUUUGUCGCCUUCGGUCUGCUUGUUAACCUCAUCGGUGAUGGCUGCGGUCCCAUCUUCGACUGGAGCAAUGUUAGCCCCCGUGGUGAUGCAUGCGGUCGCAACAAGGCCAACAUCGCCUUCUGCUUCCUGUCUGCCAUUGUCUGGCUCGCGUCCGCCCUCGUCGGCCUCUUCUGGGUCCGUCGUCGCACCGCCGUUGCCGACAGCCGCCCCGCCCACGGCCGCCGUCGCUGGUACCGUUCUUCUCGCGUCUAA